AUGGGCGGGUACUGGUACCGCCUCGAAGUGCCUGCGGUGUACGUGCCGUCGCGGACGGGCAAGUCGCUGCUGCUGCACGACGGGUAUACGUUCUACCUGAAGAACUUACAGGCGCACGGGCGGAAGCAGUGGUACUGCUCGUCGCGAGAUAUGGCCGGUUGUCGCGCUGACGUCAUCACCGCCCCCGCGAACACAGGCAACGGUGACGUCCUCUUCUUGGUCCGCGGACGCCAUAUACACGGACCCCCCAAUUACUAUUUCACGCCCGAUGGCAAAUAUGUUCGAAGGAAAGACAUCUACCACAGCGUCGUCCUUGGUGUCAAGAGUGGGGCAGACGCAAACUUGCAUGCUGGUGUGGCGGUCAGUCAGGGUCUCCUUGGUGCACGCCCCUUCCUGCUGCAUCAGCGUCUACGUCAAGGAGUGCUGCGACUGUUUGCUAAGAACACGUCAUCGCAACAAAUAGAAGCUUAA